AGCGACUGUGACACCUAAAUUGGCUGAGACCGUUGUCUGUUGCCUUUGAGUGUGUUUAGCUAAUUAUAUUAGUGGAAUCGGAUUUAUUCUGUAGUCCAACUGUUCAUGUUUCAUUGUUCGGGCCUGUUGGUCCCACUAUUCCAGGACAAGAUUUGGUUAGCUAGGCUAAGUUGACGGCAGUUUAGCUAUUGUGCAAAGUCUGGAGAAUCCGCGCAAGGCAAAGAGAAACGACUCCUAAAAUGUCUUCGGACGAAGACAGAGCCAAGGAAAUACUAAAGGGCUUUAAACUAAACUGGAUGAAUCUUCGUGAUGCAGAGACGGGGAAAGUGCUGUGGCAAGGAACAGAAGAUCUUUCUGUGCCAGGGGUAGAACAUGAAGCUCGUGUCCCAAAGAAGAUCCUGAAAUGUAAAGCUGUGUCCAGAGAGCUGAACUUUUCUUCCACUGAGCAACUGGAAAAGUUUAGGUUGGAGCAGAAAGUUUUCUUCAAAGGACAGUGUUUAGAAGAAUGGUUCUUUGAAUUUGGUUUUGUCAUCCCAAACUCUACCAACACAUGGCAGUCUCUGAUAGAAGCAGCUCCGGAGUCCCAGAUGAUGCCAGCCAAUGUUUUAACUGGUAAUGUGAUCAUAGAGACCAAGUUCUACGACAAUGAUCUUCAUGUGAGUACUUCCAGGGUUCGCCUUUUCUACAUCUGAUAUCUGACCUUUGACACUACUUUCCAACCUGCUGACGUCCUGCCAAGAUCUACAAAUAAACAUCAAGUUUAGGUACAGUCUGCAGCCGUCACCAGCUUAUUACUGUCGUGGCUUAGGAUUUUUGGUUUGAGUCCUCUUUGCUGCCACCAUCACUUAAGUGAACUUUGUGUUUUGUUUCAUUUUCUGUUCGGAGAAUAAAAAUGGGGAAGAAAAAUUCCUUGAUUAAGGAUUAUGUCUCCAUGUUGUCCAAUCUAGACUUCUGCUGGACUUGAGGACAACUGAUUCCAGGUCAAGCCAUGAAAAACACCUUGCAUUUACUCAGGAACACCGUGGCAGACUUCUGCCGUUAUGUUGAAGAGAAAAGUCAGAAAUAAUGGUUCUAAUAUUUUCCAGUUAUUUUCUGAAGCUGAACUCCUAUUGGUUUAACUGAGAUUGAAAGUUUCAGCUGCAGAAAGCAACGGCACGCUAAGUUCGGUUCUUGGAUUAGAGUCUAAAUGCACAUGAUGUUGGAUGGAUGGUAAAAAAAAAAAGAAACACUCUCAUUCUUCUUAAUCCUGGCCUCAGUUACAUAGAUAAUCUGUUACCAGAGGGCCUACAACUCUUGAAUUUGAAUUUUAUGUUGACUAGAACUAGUUUCCCUGUACAUGGUGAGCUUUAGGCUUUCACCAAACCUAGUCCGGUGAUAAAUUGGAGUCACUGCUUACUUGGCACCAGUUUUCUUUAUCCGCCACUAGAAGAGGGUGUCUUUGUCACUGAUGAAAGAACAAAACCCUUGCUUAUAUCUGCACCAAACCUCUGAGGGGCUCAUGGAGGGUGACAAACCACUAGAAACUAGGCCUGAUGUGAGUAUCAGGCCCUUUUAGAAACCAUGCAGGUCAUUGGGUCCUGAUGACCUGUACCGGGUUUGUUCUGAAGAAGUCUUUCUCGGAGCUGCUUCCAGAGUCAGACACACUUCUGAUAACAAGACUCAUACAGAACAGUAGUUGUAGGGCUCUGAGAAAUAAAUGUUGACACCGUCAAACACACAAAGAAUUGGAUCAUCCGGACUGUCUUCAGAUACUAUUACAUACUGUUGGGAUGAUGUUUUUGGAAGGUAAGGUGUGACGUUCACCAGCAAACAAAUAGUUUUUAUUGCAGUUAUUUAUGCUCUUUUGCUUUGAUGUCAAAGGCUAACUUCAUUCAGAGGUAAAACAUUUAGUUUAUCUGAUGUAGAUAAUGCAAUGGCUUGUUUUUGCAUCUAGCUUUGUCUUCUUCCAUCACAUGUUACCAACUGUUAAUGUUCCUACUGCAGCCUGGUUCUGUACAUUCUGGCUAGAUUUGGACUUUACAUCCUCUCACUGUGUUUUUGUUUUUCUUAGCUUUUGGAAGAAUUAUGUAAAAUAGCCAUGUGUUUUAAUAUGACUGGAUUUAUGGAUUAAAGUCAUACAAUAUUGUAAUAACAA